AUGCCCCAAUCUGCUGCUUCAAUGGACGAAACGAUAGCACCGAGUUUGGUCAAUCAAACUAUGAACGAGCAAUACAGAGAAGGGUUUUGUGCGUUUGUGGAGGCCAAUUUCUCGGGACAAUUUCACGGAUAUAGCACUCGUGUUGAACUUAACUGGAUGGAAUUGGCACGCAGCUCUCAGUUUCGUUUCAGCAAAGCUCUCGACUGGGCAAUGCGUAGUCUGGGAAGCUUACAUCUAGGUCGAAAUCACGGAGACAACCCACAGAUAUCAACCAGCCGCGAGGUGUACGGACGCGCACUGCAGCACUUGGGACAAGCAUUAAAGAAACCUUCCUUAGCCAGAUCAGAUGAUACAUUGGCUACGGCUAUUUUGCUUGGCGUAUAUGAGUUGUCAAAUGCAACGGGGCAAACAUCAUGGCUGCUCCAUUCGCGUGGAAUCUCCUCCCUUGUUCGGCUUCGAGGGCCUCAAGCGCACACCAAAGGGCUAGCACGGACUUUGCUUGUCUCAUUUCGAGGAUUCAUUGUAUAUGACGCAUUUAUGUGCGGGGAGAGAUGUUUUUUGGAAGAUCGUGAAUGGCAAGAUGCUAUCCCACAGGUCGUGAAACAAGAAGAGCAACGCGGAAGGGCUAGUCGCCUGGGAGAGCUGAUCGAGUAUGCAUUUCAUCAAAUCGCUAGUUGCCCUGGUCUUUUUGCGGAGACAAAAGUGCUUGUGCGGAGCGAUGAGAAUGAUGAAAACCGGAGGCAGCAUUUAUUAACUCGAAUUGAUGAUUGUCGAUACUUCCUCCGUGAAAUUCAGAAUGACAUACUGAUGGGUUGCCAGGAAAACCUUCCUGAGAAGAGAGUUGAUUUCAUUGGGUUAAUUCCAACCGCUGCUGCCGAUAACCUGACGCGGUUCUCACUCGAAGGAAUCGGAUCGGCCGUUUCACUACUCCACCAGCUGUCAGCGGGCCUCAAGUCCGAUGGGGACCGACGCAGAUACUCCAUGUCCAAUAGACCAUUAUCUUCAUCGGGGAGCAGAGGCUGGGAUCGGUUUGAAGACCAUUAUUCUGCUUUAAAUGUCCCUGGCAAAUGCAUGAACGGAUUUCGCGGUCCUCACAAAGCAGAGUCUGAGGACAGUUGGCUUGACCGAUUAUCAAUGUCUUUGGGUAUGCCUGAAGAGAUCCUUUCUAUUUGA